AUGUCUACUAGCGCCACUACCACCCAUCUAGGCCGCCAUUUCUGGGCGUCGAUUCGCGACUCCGUGACUAUCCUAGCAACGCGACGACUCCCCGGACGCCAGCAACCGCCGGCCCGUCGAGUGCUCGACCAAACACAAUUUACGCCGCAGCAUACCCAGUCUGCUCGGUCUGCCCACUGGUUGCCGUGGAUUUCGAGAGCAUAUCCGUUGGGAAGAGCGCCAAACAAUGUACGGAGGAGCUGUACUUCGGGAGGGCUGCUCCUCAUUGGCUUUACAUCCAGUCCAUCCUCGACAGGUUCAGUCAUGACGGCGUGCACUGCAGCCGCUGAUUCCGCCAUUUCGGUGAAUACUGUACAGAAGGCUACAAUCAGUCAUCUGGCAAAGCAAGCCUGGCUCGGCCGAAGUGGGGGACGAGGCCGCCCUCAUCGUGUCAUCAGCGUGAGAGCCAGCAGCUCGCGUGGGAAGCCCGAUGGCGAUAAGAAUGAAGCCCCUAUUUCCCAGCAGAAUCUUGAACCUAAGCAACCUACGGCCGAUAAGGCGCGUGAGGAUCAUGUCUCUGACAUCGAGUCACUCGCCAACUCUAUGUCCAAGUAUCUGCAUCUUCCCAAGAUGCCGCACCGGCCUACUAAGGAAGAGUUGCUUGGGGCUGCCAAUGGCUUCCGCGAACGCCUUAGAGUGCGCUUCAAAUGGUUUUCGAUUAGAAGCAUGCGCCCGUGGAAUGCGGAUGAGUGGGGGGCGUUUGUGUCUUGGUUCUUGUUUGGACAUUUGGUCUGGGUCUUGGUCGGAACCACCACCUUUUUCUCCCUUAUAAUAUUAUUUAUCAACACUGUGUUGGCACAAGAAACACUGGCCAGGUGGAUCGGAGACUACCUAACUCAGUCAGCAGGCCUUACCGUCGUCUUCGAAUCGGCCAUUGUCCCGAAAUGGAAGGACGGUGUGAUUACAUUCCGGAAUGUGUUUGUCUCUCGGAGGCCAGGCCGAGUCAGGUCCUCCGUGCAGAAGGGUUCAUCUAAUGCAGCAGCAGAGGCUGCAGCUGCAGCCGCGCGACAAGCUGACCAAGAGGCUGUUCAAGUAGAAGAAGACGACGGUAACUAUACACAGUUUGACGUGACCAUUGAUACAGUCAACGUCACCCUGUCAUUUAUCAAGUGGUGGAAUGGAAAGGGCCUCUUGAAAGACGUCGAAGUUAAAGGUGUCCGUGGGGUGGUCGACAGAACAGCAGUUCACUGGUCCGCUGAUGGACAGGAUCCCCUUUCCUAUCGGCAUGAUCAUAGCCCGGGAGACUUCGAACUGGAUUAUUUGAAGUUGGAGGACUUGUUGGUGACCAUCUAUCAGCCUGGUGGUUUCCGACCAUUUUCCGUCUCCAUCUUCUCUUGCGAACUUCCUCAGCUCCGGAAGCAAUGGCUAUUCUAUGACUUUCUAUCGGCAUCACACAUGUCGGGUUCUUUCGAUGGUUCUCUCUUUACCGUUCAUCCUCGACAAAUCCAUGGCGUCUCGGCGUCGGAUGAUAGGCGGCAUGAAGAGCUUACUACCCCAUCUGCGUGGAAAAAAUUCUCUAGGUUACGCAUAGAUGGGCUCAAGAUCGACCAUCUAAACCGUGGGGUAGAUGGGCCUUUUGGGUGGAUAUACGAGGGCAAUGUCGACAUCGUUGCCGAUGUUAUGUUUCCCGCCGACCCGGAAGAAGGUAUCGGCAAGGUUGUUGCCGAAUUCUAUGAUAAAAUGGAAGAAGCUGUGACGAGCAACCGCUACCUCAAAAUUCUAGACAAUAACAGCGACCGCUAUCGAGAACGCAAAGGCGACAAUUUUGAGAAUACCAAUCCAACAUUGUCAUAUGCGGGUGGCUUUGCGACUGCCUCGGACGAGUUACCGCCAGCCUCCUCUUCAUCACCAACCUCGAUCCUUGGCGGUCCGGCUACCAUCCUGUCCAACAUAUCUUCUCCCGUAGAAGAAGCGCAGUCCUACUUGGUCAUGGACCUACGCAUUCACCUGAAUGAUGUACGGGCUGCGGUACCUCUGUUCAAUAACCCGCACAUCAGCUACGUGAACCAAGCUCUUGUGCGACCCAUCGUUGCAUACAUAAACGCAAAACGCACCUAUAUCCCCAUCAACUGUCGCAUCGUCAAGCGUGCAACAGAUUUUGAUGGAUCCUGGACUGUGUGGGACUGCGGCCUCUUGGACGACACGAGCGCCGAAGUAUACUCUGCCUUCGCUCGAAACGUUGAAGAUCAGCAGAGCCGUGUCCGACGUUUCAAGCGCGUUGGCCUAUGGACUGUGAGUCUUGUGGUCCAUGCACUUCUUGCGGGUGUGGCCGGGGACUUGAUGUAG